AUGGAGGGGGGAAGGGAAGACAGAAGAGGGGGAGAAAGGGGGAUGGAGAAGGGAAGGGAAGACAGAAGAGGGGAAACGGAGAGGGGGAAGACAGAAGAGGGGGAAUGGAAGAAGGAAAGAAGGGAAGACAGAAGAGGGGGAGAAUGGAGAGGGGUAGUAGGGGAGACAGAAGAUGGGAGAAUGGAAGACAAAAGAGGGGAGACUGGAGAGGGGGAAGGGAAUACAGAAGAGAGAAAGGAGAGUGUUAAAAGGGAAGCCAGAAGAAGGGAAGACAGAAGAGGGAGUGAAGGGAAGACAGAAGAGUGGGGAAAGGAGAGGGGGAGGGAAGACAGAGUUUUAAAAAAGAGGGGAGAAUGGAAGAGAGAAGAGAGGGAGAAAGGAGGGUUUUAA